AUGCUUCCAGCCGAGCACAGGUUGUUAUGCUUGGUUAAAGAAAGCCAACUGUGCAUUUAUACAGCAAGAUUCCAAUGUUUUCAAUGUCAUCUUAAACUAUCUAUUGAAAGAAUUUUCUUCUUGUAUUUAAAGAAAAAAAACCCAAUGACCAGUUAUUUAUUUGAAGAUCAAGUUCCUAUUGAAGCUGUUCGUUGGUUAUAUUUUCGUCGUUCUGGUGGUGUUAGUACAUGGAAACCAUUUUGUGGUUAUGAUUCAUUACGUCUUGAAACAGCUUAUAGAGAAAGAUGUAAUGGGAGUACAGAUUCAAACUAUGAUAAAAUUACUGUUCGUGGUGAAAUGUUUGAAGUAGAAAUGGAGAGUAAUAUAUGCAUACCUAUAUAUUGGUUUGGUAAAAAACGUUCUGUACAUAAUAAGAAAAGAACAUGGUGUUCAACUCCAGUUGUACGUGCUGUUUGGUUUCAAAAAAUUAAUUGGUUACCUUUGGAUACAAAAUUAUCUGAAGUCAUUGAAUAUGAACAUCGUACUUAUGCUAUACCAAGACUUAAAGAAGUUACAAAGAAAAGUCAUAAGCCUGUACACAAAUAUCAAACGAAUAAUUAUGAAAUUAAAUGGAUGCCAGAUGGUACUAUUUACUUAGUGACAAAAUCUGCUGAACCAUUUAGUAAAGUUAAACUACACGGUGGUUUAAGUAGUGUUCCUGUUAGCAGAGGUUAUUAUCGUCUUGCAGAGACAAAUGACAAACCUCCGCCUAUUACUCAUGUAUGCUUUGUUGUUCAUGGUAUAGGUCAACAAUUGGCUAGUAUACGUCAUGAAUGCGCUAAGAUUCGAAAAACAUGUCAAAAAGUUGUUGAAAAACUUUAUCCAAAACUUUCAGAAUCUGGUCAACGACUUGAAUUUAUCCCUGUCAAUUGGCGUAGUUCCCUUUCUUUGAAUUCACAAACAUUGGAUAAUAUAACUAUAGCACAAAUGAGACCAUUAAGAGCUUAUAUCAAUCAAAGUCUUGUAGAUAUACUUUAUUAUACAAGUCCAUUUUAUCGACAAGUUAUUAUGCAAAGUUUAAGUUAUGAAUUAACUCGUUUAUUUAAUUUAUUCUGUUCUAAAAAUCCACAAUUUUUACAAAGAGGUGGUCGAAUCUCUGUAUUAGCUCAUUCAUUGGGUAGUGUUAUUAUGCAUGACAUUUUGAAGAAUAGUCAUACAUAUUUGCCUGGAUCAUCAUUUACUUCAAUGAUGGAUUUAGAUUGUCAUCGAAGAGCAUUGUCACCACGUCAAUCACUUCAAGAGGAUGGAAGAGACCUUCUAAAUAAUUUCAGUGGGGAAUUAAACUCAGGAUCGAAGGAAUCCAUCAAUCUGGAUAUAGAUCGUGACAGCACACUACGAUGUUCUAAUAGAGGAUCAUUUCUGGAAAAUAUACCUAAACCAUCGGAUUGGAAACCUGUUCCACAGCUAGCAAAUCUCUUUUUAAUUGGAUCUCCAUUAGCUUUAUUUAUAGCUAUGAAUGAUUUACCAGCAACAAAUGACCUCUCUUCAUCUACACAAUCUUUAUACUCUACUUACUCAAGUUAUGAUGAACCGGAACAAACAAAAAUUUUACGUGCUUUACUUAAUACAGUUGGCACCCCAAAUAAGCAUACUGGUGUUGAUUUAGAUGAAACUGAUGCUGAAGCGUUAUUUUCAUAUUUUGCCUGUCGAAGAGUAUUCAAUAUUUUUCAUUCAUACGAUCCAGUGGCAUAUCGUUUAGAACCAUUAUUACUAAAGCAUUAUGCUAAUAUUAGUCCUGUUGUAAUCCCGAAAGCAUCAAUCAGUAAUUUAGAAAAAUUUAUGUCCGUCAAAGAUACAUUGUCCAGUACCAGUACGAGUAGUAGUAGAUCACGACCAUCAGUAUCAGAGAGUCAAACCCCAACAUUGAAAGGAUCUGAUUCAUCUCUGAGUGAUGUGGAAUCAACACAUUCAAUGAAUACAUUAGAUUUGUCUGAUUCAGAUAGCAGUGAUGUAUCGGAUACAUCAAAUGGUAAAAGUCCUGAUAAUAAACAGCAAGAGAAAAAAUUCUUUAAGCGUUUGAGUGUUGUCAGUGAAGAUUUUGUCUACAAACAACAUCAGUCAUUAGCGAUGAAAAUAUUCAGUAACUAUGUUACUAGACGAUCAUCGAAUGUCACCUAUUUGGGUCCAUGUGUGUAUAAAAUGCGUCCAACUCCAGGUGAAGAAGAAAAACAACUACGACGUCGAAUUGACUAUGAAUGGCAGAAAUCAUUCUCUCCAAUCGCUGCAUUAGGCGCUCAUAAUAGUUAUUGGAGUAGUCAAGAAGUAGCCUUUUUUAUGCUUUAUCAAAUCUUUGGACCUCCUCAAUCUAUUCGUUAA